CUCAUGACGUCAGGUCCAGCAUGCCUCGCGGUGGAAGAGGAGGUCAUUUGACAUUUGGGACAAAUAUUUAGUGUUUUUGCGGGAUUUUCCUGUUGUUUUAAGAGACUGACCAUGGCGGGAGACCUUCCUAGUAUUUCGUACAUGGCUCUGUACAUCGUCUCGGCGAGCGUCGUCACGGACUCGCGCUCGGCGACGCACUGGAGGCUGGACCAAGAGCGGGGGCUAGUCCGGCCCGCCGGCGAGUCCGACCUCACCGAUCUGCUAGCAGGGGAGGGCGAGACAACAGACCCCCUCCUCGGUAUCCUCACGAGAAAUACUCAAAACCCAUGGGAGGACUCGAACCCGGGAGCGAUAGACGGAGCCUGUAGCACGUGCGGGAAGUUGGGAUCUGGUAGAAUUAGUGGACAAGAAAGAUUGUUAAAACUUGAGUCAGAAACGACGAUCCUGACGUGUGGCGAGGCGGUAAACGAGACUCAGUAUGACCACCUGGACGGCAUCGCGCAGCGCCACAAACACAAAUCCCACCCCGAACCCGAGGUCGCCAUGAUCUUCAAGAAAACCGAGGGAGACGAAAUCGACAUGAACGCCCUGGAACAAAACCUCCGGAUGACUCUCGACGAGAAUCCCAAGUCGAUAGCCGUUUACAACCAGAUAGGAAACUUCUUCCGAAUACGCGGGAACACCUUCUCCGCCAUCGAGUGCUUCCGGAAAGCGUUGUCGCUGUCGCCUAGCAACCCGGACAUCCUGCUGAACCUGGCCAGAGUGCUGUUCAACCUGCAGUAUCUGGACGACGCUAUCCACCUGACCAGACGGUCACUGGAGCUACAGCCGCCUGGACAGAACUGCUGGCUACAUCACUUUACACUGGGUGAAAUACUAAAAGCAUACGGGAACUACCACGAGGCCAGUAUCCACUUCAGACAUGCCCUGGACUUAAAUCCCUCCUUUCUACCUGCCAGGGCCCAUCUUCAGUCGUUGGCCAACCCGCAGACCUCCUCAGCAACAGUAUACACAGCAGUCAUCAUCAGCUGUCUGAUCGUGGGGGUGCUGAUCUGUUUAUGGCACAGCCUGGACAUCUGUCAUCACACGUGCGGCAGUCCCGCCAGAAAGACGCUCCGAACGGUGGACUGGGAUCGCAGCCGGAUUUCCAUACCGUCCCGCGUCAUCCGCUUUAAAAAAGUUUAACCGAAAAAAAAACUUCCAGUAUUUAAAAAAAAGCCAUAUUCUUGACCAAUACGAAGGUACCAGGGUGUUGGUACUGAAACCAGACAUUGUUGUUGGUUUUACAGAAAUUUCCAACUGAAAAGAUGAAGAAGCAUCUUUUUUUCACAAUAUGUAAAUGCAUGGAACUUUCUAAAAAGGGUGUUGAAAUGUGACAGUGAUGUAAUAGUGGGUUUAUAUUACAUGUUGUUAGAGAUUCUUCAACAACCGAACUGCCAAAAAAGGCAAACGUUUUGUUUUAUAACAAAAGUUUUUUUGAAUAGCUACCUCUACAUAGAAGUUAUUUACUAUUGCAGUGAGAAAUGACAGAUAUGUUACCGAUAUGUGGAAAAAAGCGGGUUAAAACAGCCUGGAGACUGCAGUACACUUCAGUGCCAGUAGGGGACUCUGUUAUACAUUUUGCCAGUACUGUUUUGUUCACAAAUUUGUUGCAAACAUUUUACCCACUCGAAUUAAAGGUGGCCACAUGGUACAUGUAAAAUUUGGAGCAUAUCUCACUGGCAAGUGCUUUUGGCACAUGUUUACCUCUGAUUU